UCAAUGUCAGAAAUAUCGACUAGCGUUUUUUAUUCAUUUUAUUCGACAGCGCGCGCCUUUGAGGCAAGAUUUCACAAUAUUAUAUAUUUGGAGUCCGGCGUGUUCGGUCCAUCGUAACGGCUUACCGGCGGCUGUUGUUUAGUUCAGUUCAACCCAAAAAAAUGACUGCUCUUUCGCCUGCUGAAUCCGGUGCGUUUAUCGUGAAGAAUGCCAAGUUUCUCAAGGUUAACGAAGACGGUAUUAAAAAUUUAACCAAAGAGGUAAUUAAUGGCAUCCAGAGGAAAGAUAUUGACGUGGAGAAUUUUUCCCAGCAUCAGUAUCACCCCAAAGCAAGCGAUCCGCAUGCACCGAACUGGAUUUUUCUGCUUGAUACCCUGAAUUUCUGUUUCUGGACACCGGGAAAUGCCACCAAGUGGAAGGUUAAGGGAGAAACCGGUUACUUUUCCCUGUGUGCUGCCAUUAAUCGUGCCCUCGAAGAGGGCAUCGAUAUAACUAACCCAGCCUACUAUUCGAAAAUUACACUGGAGGAAUUGGAGAACAUUCUACGUUCAGACGAUGGUGUCACGAAGGCUCCACUCCUGGAGGAACGAGUGCAGUGUCUUCACGAAGUGGGUAAAACCCUGCUCGAAAAGUAUGACGGAAAGUUCGAAAAUUGUGUCAAAGCUUGUGCCGGUUCAGCCGUUGCUCUGCUAGAGUUGGUGACACGUGAAUUUCCGUGCUACCGAGAUGAGGCCACGUACGGUGAUAAGCGCGUGGCAAUCUAUAAGCGAGCUCAGAUUCUGAUCGGAGAUUUGUGGGCUUGCUACCGGGGUGAAGGCCUUGGCCUUUUCAACGACAUUGAAAAGAUUACGAUGUUCGCCGAUUACCGCAUUCCACAGGUGUUGGUUCACUUCAAAACGUUGGAAUAUUCGGCCGAACUGAUGGAGACUCUGAAAGCCGGCACCCUGCUAGAAAAUGGUUCCGCGGAGGAGGUUGAAAUUAGAGGAGCCUCAAUUUAUAUAGUCGAACGUCUGAAGCAGUUGGUUCUGGAAGAGCUGAAAGCCAAUCAUCCGGACCUGUCGUCGAAGAAUGUGAAUGCUGUGCUAUUGGACCAUUUUCUUUGGGAUUAUCGGCGUAAGAAUGCUGCCGAGUUGGAAUAUAUUCCAUUCCACAAAACCAUAAGCGUGUACUACUGAUAAGAUCUAAGCCAUGAUUUGGAAACAAAAAUA